AGUAUUCGAAAAUGUUCGAGUCAUAAAUGAUCGCUAUAUCUUCGAAGAACAUCUAAUGCAACAUUAAUCUACCAAAACAUGGCCCGUAUGAUUUAUCGAACACUUCGAGUUAUUCACGAGCAUUAAAUUUGAAUACGGAAAAACAGGCCGGAUUCCUCCAGAAUAUUCCAGGUGUAUUUCGAGUCAGCCGUAAUCGAAUACGUCAGAACAUUGCGGCAUACGCGGCGUGCGCCGAUCCGUAUUCGAGCGAAUUCGGGCCCGAAUAUUUGGCUUUUCGCGCAGUGUUUACACCAAAUGGAUAUCGUUGUUUGUAUCACACAGGAUUCACGGGUCAGGACUGCAAAAUUGACAUUGACGAGUGUGCUGCAGGAACAUCCACUUGUCACGCUGAUGCUGAUUGCAUUAACACCAAAGGAUCUUACAACUGCUCUUGUAAACCUGGUUAUCAAGGAGAUGGGAGGAAAUGUGAAGAUGUUGAUGAAUGUACCCCAGAAGCACGCAACUGUUCUGCCGAUAUUUCCUGCAACAUUACCAAGGGAUCAUUUAACUGCAAAUGCGAGUGAAUCAGUCUUAAUUAGACUGUAUUUUACAUUGGCCAAAUGGUUGCAGCGUUGGAUUCCCGAUUAAGAUAUUUUUUACCUUUUGAGAACCGGACACUACGAAAAAGUAAAAGGUGAAAUCACAGAAAUGUAGGGAAAGGAGAAUGGUCUUAAAUGAGCAAAUGCUGAAUUUUCGUCAUUUUUUUUUCUUUUUCUUUUUUUUUUUUUUUUUGUUCGGGCGUUGUUUUGAUUAAUAUUAAGAGUUUUAUUGAUGUUAUAAAUAGAUGCCUUUCAACUUCUCUGUACGCAGAUUCCCCUUGCAAGGAACUCUACGACUUGACUUUGUAAGUGAUAAAUAUAUUACCUCUGACCUUUACCAGUGCGAAAUUUUGCAACAGCGUAGUAAUACUACCAAAAUAUAUGGGUUCUCUCGUGAUUCGUAGGAAAAUUUGGGCAGACUAAAGCAACCGCGCCCCGAAUUAAUACUUGAACAGAGUGUAAACACAUUUAUUAUAAAAUUAGAUAUUCACCAGGAAGGAUGUCAGAAAUGCUAUUCUUUAUCCGACCGUGAGAUAACUGCCAGUCUUCAAGUGAUUUUCCUUUGCUUACACAAAACAUAAGUCUUAAUGCAAAUUAGUUAAGAGACUCUUGAAGUAAUUUUCGUCGGGAGAAAUUUACCACUUAUCUAGCUCUCCGGGUAAAAUUUGUGGGAAAAGAAAAUUAUAUUAUAGGCCAAAGCCUUUUCAAUUCUUUAAUUUAGAAACAGGGAAAACAAACCUUACCACUUUGACGUAGGAUCCCAAAAUAUUCCAGUCUACUGGGUCAUGAAUGGUUCUGGAAUGGGGACAUGUGGUGGAGGUGGAUGGACUCUGGUGAUGAAGAUUGGCGGAAGAAAGGUGUUUUAUCCUCUUUGUUUUAGUCUUGUUGGUGCUCUUGGGUUAUUCUUCUACUAUAGUAUUUUACACUGUUUUAGGAGUAACUUGUUAAAAGUUAAAGAUUAAAGUUACUGCAGUAAUUGUACUCGCAGUGAAUACAUAGAUGUGAACUACAUAGUAGAAAGUGUUUGUAAGCGGUUGUAUUGUUGUAUUCGAAUAUGGAGAACAAUCUCGCUCCACGUCAUCACAUUACUAAGUUCAUUUGGUUCGAUUUUGUUCUAUAUGAUUGAGCUUAGCUUGCUCCACGAAAAAUAGAAGACAUUCCUAACUUUGGGUUUAGUCCUCUUCGAGAUGUUAGGUGAGGGAAUGAAGGUAAACUUUACAUAGUGUGAUAAUUUUAUACGGGAUAAAACCCGAAAAUGCCAACUCUUGUGUAGAAUGAUUUUCUUUGGCAUCGGAAAGACCCUUAGCCAAAUGCUGGCUGUCUUUUUUUUUUUUUUUUUUUU